AUGCAUGUGCCAUUGGGUUUACUAGUUGCGAUGUCGUGGUGCGCAGGCAGCGCAGCCACCGCAGUUCAAAUGUGCAACCCGCUUAAGGAGAAGAAGUGCCCAGAGAACAUUGCGCUCGCUGCGUCAAUCCUUGAGGAAUUCAAGGAUGUGCCUCCAGGGUUCUCAAAUUACACGGACACUGGUAUAGUGGGUUAUGGGCCUAACGGGGCGUCGUUCACGUUGGCCAAACGGUGGGACAAUCCGGCGAUUAUGUCGGACUUCUACCUCAUGUACGGGAAGGUGGAGGUGACGUUUAAGGCGGCUCCGGGCAAGGGCAUCGUGUCCAGCUUCUACUUGCAGAGCGACGCGCGAGACGAAAUAGACCUUGAGUGGCUUGGCGGCGAUACGGCGCAGUUCCAGACCAACUUCUUCUGCAAGGGCAACGUGACGACGUACACGCGGGGCGCGUUCCACAAUGUCAGCCGCCCACAGGAAGAGUUCCACACGUAUACGAUUGACUGGAAGAUGGAUGAGCUUGUGUUCUACCUCGAUGGCAAGCCGAUCCGCCGGGUAAAGAACGACACCUCUGAGGGAUACCCACAAUCGCCAAUGAGAUUGUACAUGGGCGUGUGGGCGGGCGGCGAUCCCACAAACCAUCCGGGCACUGUUGAGUGGGCCGGUGGGCAAACAGACUAUAGCAAGGUGCCCUUCACAGCGUAUAUCAAGCGCAUCAUUGCUUCCGACUAUUCUUCAGGCAGGUCUUAUAUGUACAGUGAUGUAUCGGAGAAGGGCGUAACCAUCCAUUCUACACAAGGGAAGAUAUAUGGUAGAUACGAUACAGCCCAAGAGGAAUUUAACAGGAUACAAAGGGAGGAGAAGUUAGAUUAUUCAGACCUUCCGCUGAGCGCCUUCUCUCCCAACUUAGCUAGCGGCUCCUCGGAAGCGACUUCUGUCACCUCAUCAGCGACUUCUGUCACCUCAUCAGCGACUUCUGUCACCUCAUCAGCGGGUUCUGUCACAUCGGGCGUGACUUCAUCUGCCACCACCGGAGUUAGCUCUGCCACAGCUACAGGAAAUUCGACUUCUGGGACGCAGGUAUCUAGCUCUGCUCGUGCUUCAUCUGACCACAGUCUCGCGGCCACUUUGCUUUCCAGCGGGCAUUCGACAAGCCAGCUGUCAAGCACUACUUCCUUGACGCCUUCGAAGUCUACCACUCCAGUUUUGACAUCCCGUGGCACGGUGGAAACCACUCCCAGCUCAACGGUGACUCCAGAUGCAUCAUCAAUAGCCUCCUUUCCAGUUUCUGAAAACGGGGCAAAGCGGUCCUACAUGCCGCUGACGUACGUGGCUGCACUGGGCAUCCUUUCGUUAAUGGGCUAA